AUGGCGUCGAAUCGUCCGGCAGCGUUCAACAAUCUGCGGAUGGGAGAAGUGAUCCGUGAGAAAGUGCAGGAUGGCAUCACGGGCGAGACGAGAGACUUGACUUACACCCAGUGCAAGAUUGUUGGCAACGGUUCCUUUGGUGUCGUCUUUCAAACUAAGUUGUCUCCCUCGAACGAAGAUGCAGCCAUCAAGCGUGUCUUGCAGGACAAAAGAUUCAAGAACCGUGAGCUGCAAAUCAUGCGGAUCGUGAGACACCCCAACAUCGUGCAGCUCAAGGCCUUUUACUACUCUAAUGGCGAGCGCAAGGAUGAGGUUUACCUCAACUUGGUCCAGGAGUUCGUGCCAGAAACCGUGUACCGCGCCUCCCGUUUCUUCAACAAAAUGAAGACUACUAUGCCCAUCCUUGAGGUGAAGCUGUACAUCUACCAGCUUUUCCGGGCUCUUGCAUACAUUCACUCUCAAGGCAUCUGCCAUCGCGACAUCAAGCCCCAAAACCUUCUCCUCGACCCUAGCACCGGCAUCUUGAAGCUCUGUGAUUUCGGCAGUGCCAAGAUUCUGGUGGAAAACGAACCAAACGUGUCUUACAUUUGCUCCAGAUACUACCGCGCACCUGAAUUGAUCUUUGGUGCUACCAACUAUACAACCAAGAUUGGCUGCGUCAUGGCAGAACUGAUGCUUGGUCAGCCUCUCUUCCCCGGUGAAUCGGGUAUCGAUCAGCUCGUCGAAAUUAUCAAGGUGCUGGGGACACCCACCCGCGAGCAAAUUCGAACUAUGAACCCGAACUACAUGGAGCACAAGUUUCCUCAGAUCAAGCCCCAUCCUUUCAACAAGGUGUUCCGCAAGGCCGACCAACCCGCCAUCGACCUGAUUAGCAAGUUGCUGGAGUACACACCCACCGAGCGUCUGUCGGCCAUCGACGCGAUGGUGCAGCCCUUCUUUGAUGACCUCAGGGAUCCCAACACCCGCUUUCCCGAUUCGAGGCACCAGACGGGCCAGCUCAAGGACCUUCCUCCGCUCUUUGACUUCACCCGCCAUGAGCUGUCGAUCGCCCCUCACCUCAACCACAAGCUUGUGCCACCUCACAUGAGGUCCAUCCUUGCGGCCCAAGGGCUCGACAUCGACAACUUCGUUCCCAUGAACAAAUCGGAAAUGAUGGCCAAACUGGACUGA